UACAGUACACAUUAAGUGUCACAUUGAGAUACGAUUCGCAUGACGUAUGAUGUUUUGUGGAGAUGUCACAUGCUGGAUAUGGAUCAAUUAUCUAUCAUGUACUGAGUGAUCCUGGAAGCUGCCACAAGAUAUAUCAAGCUGGCACGGUAUAGCAGUGUCAGCAUCACACAGAUUAAAAGGAAUGCCCACAAUGUAUUUGCCUUGAGCCUAACAUAGUCAGCAAAGCAUGUUACAAAUGCUGAAAGCAACAUAUCAAGUUGUGUUGUGUUUUGAGAAGUCAUCAAAAUGUUCUUUCACAUUUCUCUUGAGCAUGAAAUUCUGCUUCAUCCACGAUACUUUGGACCCCAGCUGCUAGAAACUGUCAAACAAAAGUUGUUCUCAGAGGUGGAGGGCACCUGCACCGGCAAGUACGGCUUCGUCAUCUCGGUGACGACCAUCGACAACAUUGGCGCCGGCCUGAUCCAGCCGGGCCGCGGCUUCGUGGUCUACCCGGUCAAGUACAAGGCCAUCGUGUUCCGGCCGUUCAAGGGCGAAGUGCUGGACGCGGUGGUCACUCAGGUGAACAAGGUGGGCCUUUUCACGGAGAUCGGGCCGCUCAGCUGUUUCGUGUCGCGCCACUCGAUCCCGAGCGACAUGGUGUUCGACCCCAACUCCAACCCGCCCUGCUACAAGACCCAGGACGAGGAUGUGGUCAUCCAGCAGGACGACGAGAUCCGGCUCAAGAUCGUCGGCACCCGCGUCGAUGCCAGCGACAUCUUCGCCAUCGGCACCCUCAUGGACGACUACUUGGGGCUCAUCAGCUAGACAGCAGAUGCGAGUCGCUAGUUGGACAGCCUGGCACCGCCAGUCGCGUGGGCAAACUGUCAACAGAUGGUGCGUUGUGAGUCGCACAGCACCCUUGCAGCACGCGAUUUGCUGAAAUCAUAAGGGAAGCGUUUCCGUUUUGUGCUCGACUUUGCGAGUGUGGCGACCUGUGGCUCGCCUCGUGUAGGGGUUUGGAGGUGGGUUGAGACUGGGGUUCCGUGAAGAGUGUGGGUUGGCUCCGAGCUGUGCGGUCUGCGAAGGUCAGCGCGUGCUGUGUUGACUGGUCACACCUCCAGGGAGCGGAACAAAGGACGCCCGCCCCGAGUGGCGCACGCGUAGCAAACGUGCAUUCAGCGCCGCAGGCUCCAGGCCAUUGUGCAUUGACAUCAACAUCAUUUUUUACAUUGUCCGCAUUAUCACGAAUACAUGCAUUUUGAUGGCAA